AUGACGUUUACUGGAGGAGGUAGGGAGUUUGUGGGAAAAGUUUUAAUCGACACAACACACUCCAACAACACCAGCGCAUUCACACUGGAGAGAAACCUUAUUACUGUUCAGAGUGUGGGGAAAGUUUUAGUCAACAGAGAACACUCCAACUACACCAGAGCAUUCACACCGGAGAGAAACCUUAUCAGUGCUCCGACUGUGGGAAGAGCUUCCAUCGACAAGGUCAUCUUCAAGAACACCAGCGUAUUCACACUGGAGAGAAACCAUAUCAGUGCUCAGACUGUGGAAAGUGCUUUAAUCGACUGAGUCACCUCCAACAACAUCGACGCAUUCACACUGGAGAGAAACCGUAUCAAUGCUCGAACUGUGGGGAAGGUUUUAAUCAACAAAAUUCUCUCAAAAUACACCAGAUUAUUCACACUACAAUGAAACCGUAUUACUGCUCAAACUGUGGGAAGAGUUUUAGUCAUCCAAGUUCUCUUCAUUUACACCAGAGCAUUCACACAGGGGAAAAAUCAUAUCACUGCUCAGACUGUGGGAAGAGUUUUAAUCGAAAGUUUAAUCUAAAAAAACACCAGCGCAUUCACACUGGAGAGAAACCAUAUCAGUGCUCAGACUGUGGAAAGAGUUUUAGUCAACAGAGUCACCUUCAACAACACCAGCGCAUUCACACUGGAGAGAAACCGUAUCAUUGUUCAAACUGUGGGAAAAGUUUUAAUCAACAGAGUCAUCUCCAUCAACACCAGAGGAUUCACAGUGGAGAGAAACCAUAUCACUGCCCAGAUAAUGGAAAUAGUUUUUGUCAACAGAGGACACUUCCAGUUAUCCAGUAACCAUAUCAGUGCUCACUGUGGGAAUAAUCUUUGA